AGCAUGGGGUGAGUUGCAUAAGGUUGCCAGGGGAAGCAGCAAUGGAGGUUGUUUCAUCUCCGGCCCUCUGCAGAAAUGCACAAUGCAGCUGGUAACGCCGCUCUGAUGCAGCGGAUCAGCGGCCUCGCUGCAUGCCGGGAGCUCGGCGGCCUGGCAGCCCGCUCGUACCGAGCCUGGCCCCGGGACAGGGGCUCAAACUCCGGGCUGCCCGCCGUGCAGUGGGCGGGGGUGCGUGUCUUCACCGGAGCAGCGGCGGCUCCGGGCCGGAGGCUGGGCAGGCUGCGGGGACGGAGGUUCGUGUUCGCCGGUCAGACGCACAGACUGUUCAGCACCGAGCCGAGCGGGGAGCCGGGAAGCUCCGCCGGGCACCGCGGCAUCUCGGUGGUCGGUAUCCCGGACCCGAUCACAUGGAUCCGGUGUAAAGUCAUCAUGUACCUCAUAGAGCUUUAUUUUGAGUUAGGCAUCACCUCGGUGGAGUUUGACAAUGGAGUGAAGCAGGCUUUGGUCCAUGUUUCUAACAAGAUGUCCAGGGGCAAGUUUGAGGAGCUGAGGGGGCUUGUCUCAAACGAGAUGGUCAAUUACGUGGAGAAGAAGUGCAAGUCUCUCACUGACGCUCAGCGACAGCAGCUCGCCAUCUCGAUGGACGAUAUUAUAUUUCUGCUUCCUGAGGACGUUUCUGUAUUCUUCGAUCAAAAUGGGAGGAAGUUCUGCUUCGUCGUCAUGAGGUUUUGGCUCCUGUCCACACUGGAAGGCCCCGACGACCCCGAGGGCUCAAAAAUCUUCAAAGUCACCUCCGACGAAGACGGCGGCCCGCGGAGGAAAAUAGUGACCGCCGUCUAUGAAUUCCACCGGGAGCUGACGACCGGAGCGCCGCCUGAUUGGACGGUCACCAACGUCUGGCACUGGCACUGGAAACUGGCCGAGUGAUCUGUGACGCCGGCCGUCAGGAUACAGCAGCAGACCAAUCGCAGACUGAACUGUACCUUUCUCUAUGAAAGACAACAUUCAGCUGGACAGUUUAUGAGCCGAAAAGAUGGCAAGAGUUGCGACGGUGUAGUGGUGCCACUGUGGGGAGGGAAAAAAAUGAUGGAGCCAGUGAAGGAGGAGGAAAAUAUUCAGAGAAAAAAAACCUCAGAAAUUCUCUGAGAUUAAAGUGGUAAAUUUACAAGAAAAAAACUUACAAAUUUAUGAGAAAAAAAACUCAAAAAUUCUGAGAUUAUAGUCACAAAUUUGUGAGACAAAACUCAGAAAUUCUGAGGUUAAAGUUGUAAAUUUAUGAGAAAAAAAUCACUAAAAAACUUGGAAAUUGGAGUCACACAUUUGCCAGAAAAAAAAUUGGGAAAAAAAAAAAAUAUAUAUAUAUAUAUAUGUGUGUAUAUAUAUAUAUAUAUAUAUAUAUAUAUAUUAUAUUAUAUA